UUUAAGAUAACAUUAAUAGUUAAAUGCUUGUAAAUUUGCAUGCUUUGUCCCUCUUGAUACACCUUUUUCGUGGUUGUGCCAAAUGGAAAGUGACUGGCGAUGCCCGUAUCGUGAAAAUAUGUAGUUUAGCCUAAGGCAGCGAUUAGUAUUAUAAUUGCCUUAAUUAAUGAAGAAAUACAUGUACAAAUAAAUUUAAUAUGUACAGAUAAAAAAGAUUACUAAAGUGAUACAAUUAUUGGAAGAACGGUGCGGGAACAGAAGCCUCCAAAAACGCACGCAAUGCUGGUGAAGUGGAAGCGCAUAUAAGGAAAAUUGCUGAGCCAAGCAGCAGCAAAUACAACAGCAGCAGGAUAAUUUGAUUUCAGUGGAACAUAACAUCAAAACUGAAUAUUUGCCACAAAUAAACUCUACUCAUGUAUAGAGGAUAAUAAAGGGCAUUCAAAUAAGAGUUUCCUAUACGGCAAAAUGGUAUCGACACGACAAAUGGCCACAAGUAGUGGCAACGGCACACUCAGUCACAAUUCUGGCGUCCCUGCAGCCGCUCCAGAUUCCGCCCGACUCACAGCAAUGAUUACACAAACUCAACGUGGCGUGGUGGGAGCACCAACAUUGUCCACUAUUAUCACGUCCACAGGUGUGGCAUCGAUGACAACACGCCAUUGCGGUCAUCACCAGAAUACACAUCAACAACAACAAAACCAACUUCAAAUUAGUGACACCGUCGCCCGUGCCACAAAUGAAAACACAGAUCCAGUGCAGUUGUUUGAUUUGCCGAUUGAAGUUUUAGCAAAAAUAUUUACCUAUGUGGGCUAUCGAAAAGUUGGUCAAUUAAGAGUCGUGUCGCAUAAAAUGAAUGAUGUUUGUAUGGAUAUUUUGAACUCAACCUUUUCACGUCUGAUUACGCAAACAUACAAUCGUUUUCAUGCCAUUAAAGCGAACAUGCCGCGUCGUGAAUCUGCACGUCGCAACCACCCACUAGCUUGCGAAUGCGAUAUCAUUGAAACUUGUUAUAUGCGGCUGUCGCUGCUGCAAAUGACUUUUGGUAAACAUAUCGAACGUGGCCAUUGUUGUUUCUUUCCGGGAGCCAUUCUAGAUGAAGUAUAUAACAUUUUAACUUAUAUAAGAAAUACACCGCGUCUAGAGCGGCCAUAUCGGGUUACCGAUGAACUUUUUGAUCUCUCUACAAUGGCCAUGGAAUAUUUCAGGGAUCGCAUUGAACAAACAUUGCCCGAUAUUGCUUACUUUAAUAAGGACUUUUUCAAAUUACCCACCACCACAAAAAGGCCUGCUUUGGUUGCAUCCGUCGAUCAUGUUGAUAGCUCUUCAUCGUCUCCACCUCAAAGCAAUAUGGUAUUGCGUAAGGGUAUACGUGAAAUUAAGCAGGGCAUGAAAAUUUACAAUAAUCAAUUAUCCGUAUUACGUAAUGAGUUGCGUAAUUGCAAGCGAAAAUCAUCGGAGCAGGGCAAACAAAUAGCCGAGCAGCAGAAAUUGAUGGCUGAGCAGCAAAAGCAAACCUUGGAGUAUGCAAAUCGUUUGGAUGAGAACGAUAAGAAAAACGAAGAGAUGGCACGAAAAUUUUCCACUUUAUUGCAGGAACUCAAUAAAUGUAAAACUGAAUUGCAAUAUUGGCGCUCCAAGAGCCCAGCCCUUCCGAUUUGCACAUCAUGCGGCCAGAAGCUGGCACCUAUACUCCCGCCACCUGAAGAUUUCCAAGCACUUGUCAAUCAAGGUGUCAAACCAGAGGAUAUAAUACUCAACUUGAGCGACGACACAGAUAUUGAAAAUGAUGCCAGUAUGAAUGAGCACAACGCAACAUCGACGGCAUCAGUUACACAAUCGUCUCAAGCUUCAGUUUUCGCAUUCCCAGAUAAGGAAACAACCGCCAAGUUGUUGGCUGUCAACAGCUCGGUGGCAAAAAAUCAACUAAAGCGCCAGCAUUACGGCGCCAGCUCAUCGGGGUGCAGCAAUUCAUGUAUUGAGGGCAGCAGCAGUGCAUUUAAUAUUUACGCCGGCAGCAGCAACGGUAAUUGUUGCAACGGUAGCGACAAUCUGGUGAGCAUGAUUUCAAAUGCCACUGCACACAGUAACAGUCUCCCGGAAUUCGGCAACGCUGCUGACGUCGAUGGCAGAAAAAACGAUGCAGUUACCCAGUUGUUGCCAAGCGAAAUGACAAAUCGCUUGAAUUAUGUGCGUGGCGGAAAUAUAAUACGCACUACUGCAAGCGCUGCGAGCAGUAGCAGCGUGAACAACAGUUAUUAUAACCAGCAACAAAAGCAACAACAAAGUAAUCCAGCCACAUUAGUAGCUAAAGCCUUUGGAGACGUUGUAAGCGAUGCGCUGGUAGAAAGCGCAACACCAGUGAAUUUUAAUGGCAAUGAAAACGCAAUUAGCCCGAAAUUGGCGCAUGUUGGUGGUCGUUCGCACAGGAGCGUAAUUGUCAGUCCGGCCAUGCUCUCAGCCACCAAGAUCGGCAGCAAUGUUCCAGAACAAGGACAGAGCGUAGCUUGUAAUGACAAUGUUGAUGCAGUAAUCGUGCCAUCGGCAGCUGUCGCUGCAAAAUGCUCCGCAGAUGUAGGGUUCGGCUGCGACCCAUCUACAAAUAGUGGCAUUCGUGAAGGCUGUGGUGUUAGUGGAGGCGCCAACAAGCAGCAGAGUGGCGUCGAGGAGGCAACCGUGGAACAUGUUGCCAGUUUGCAGGGCAUCACGUCACACGAGACAAAAAAAGCACGUAGAGUACAAAAAGCCACGAGAUGUUUAAAUGGUAGUGGCAAACGCAAAUAGUAAUGAUAAAAUAUUUUAAAUGUAAUACAUACAUACUUUUACUGUAGUGUUUUUCCUUUGAAUACAUAAAAUAAGGAAUGUGUAAGUAGAAUGAGAAACAAGUGACGAAAAUGUAAAAAAAAUCAGUGAACGAGUAUGCUAAAAAAUGUCACUAAGUACAUACAUACAUACUAAUAUAAAGAAAAGCAGUAAAAGCAAUCGUGGUUUUCUAUUAAAAAAAUGUUGCAAAAAAAAAUGUAACAUUAAUUAAAUACAGUUAUAUACACGUAUUCAGUUGGAGAUCAUAAGUUCUGACGUCGAAGACGUCGUGAUAAUUUUUAAUCCUAACUUUCCGUUGUAAUUUUUUACUGAACACAUUUUUAAAUACAUUCUUUAAAUAUUUCACAUACCAACCAUGCUGCACACUCACAGAUAGUACACAUUAAAUAAUAACAAAAAGAAGAAAAAGAAAAAAGGCGUAAAAAAGGCAAACGGCAAGGCAGUGAACGUAGAUUCUUGAAAAUAUGUUUUAAAUCAAAGUAUACGUACAUACAAUAUGUAAAUAUCCAAAAAUACAAAAUAAAAUAUUUGAAUUGGUUAAAAUCAAUAGCCGGAAAUAUCAGCAAACAACCAACUACCAUUAUUAAUUGUGUGUUGUUCGCUACUUUUUUAUUAAUAAUAUUUGCGGCGAAAACGUCAAUGUACUCAUAUUUUGAUUAUAUUUUGCAUAAGGCAAAGGCAAAAACAAAAAUAUAAAAAGAAAACAGAAACUACUGUAGUUUGAAACUAAAUGGAAGAUCAUUUGGCGUUUUAACAGUAUUGAAAUAAAAAUGAUUUAAAGCCAA